CAUGACACUUCACAUCGCCGUGGAAGAUGUCCUAGUCUCCUACACUGCGGCACAGUUAACUGAUGGACAUCGGUUUCCAGGGGAGGGCACUGCUAGUUCGACAGGUUUAUCAGCGUGACGUGACUGGAAGGCAAAUAAAAGUUUAUCAACUCUCCUUAACAACCAUAUAUGCUAGCCAUAUGCAGGCAUCCCAACUUUGCCAGUCCACUUACACAAACGUCAAGGGUUGUGUUGUCGGCGCGCUUAAAGAUUCUUAAAACCUUCCUCCCAAUGAAACCAUAACCUGCUCCAGCGUUCAUCACGCAACAACGAGAUGAUGUUAGUAGAUGAUCGUGUCUGGGCUCUGUUCAAGGGACACUGGCAGCACACACUGACUUACUGGAGCGUGUUCUUCAGUUUCGGGCUGUGUAUCGCGUUCUUGGGGCCGACCAUCCUGGACUUGAGGUGUCAGACUCAGUCCACUCUGCAGCAGAUCACUUGGGUCUUCUUCGCCCAACAGCUCUUCCUCAUGCUGGGGAGCGCCCUAGGAGGACUCUUCAAGAAGACGCUCCGCUGCUCCCUCUCAGCUCUCUUCGUCUCCAGUCUUGUCAUCUCCGUGGUGUUUGCCAUCAUCCCACUUUGCCACCAUGUGCUGAUGCUGGCUGUUGCCAUGGCGAUAUCCGGCACGGCAAUGGGGGUGAUUGACACUAUCGCAAACCUGCAGCUGGUGAAGCUCUACCAGAAAGACUCAGCCAUUUUCCUACAGGUCCUGCAUUUCUUCAUAGGGCUGGGAGCGUUGGUCAGUCCCCUGGUAGCAGACCCAUUCCUGUCAGAGGGGAGUUGUGUUCUGGGGGGGAACAUGACAGCCAACUCCUCCACUGACCUCCAUCACCUCCGCAGCUACCUGGCAGGUAAGGGGACAACCCCUCUGCACAACGUAUCCCACCACUACCACCUCCACACAGAGGGCAUCAUCACCACCAAUGUGUCCUACGCAUUCUGGAUCAUGGCUCUUAUCAAUCUGCCUGUACCAGUAGCAGUGUAUGUGUUGAUGUAUCGUGAGAGGCUGUUCCCCUGCUCGAACCACAGCCCACGUCUACUGGACAAGGAGAAAAACUCACAGAAGAACCAACAGGACCACAAUAUCCAGGGUCACGGGGGUUUGUUUGGCUGCUGUAACUAUGCUGAUGUGAAGGAUCGCCCUGCCUCCUAUUUCCUCCUCUACAUUCUGGCCGGAGCCGUGCUCUUCAUCACUGAUGGCAUAAUAGGUUCUUACACAGGAUUCAUUUACACCUACGCAGUGUCUCCUCCCCUCUCUCUGCCUCACAAGACGGCAGGCUGUCUGACCAGUGUGUUCUGGGCAUCUGUCACUGCGGGCAGACUGGCAUCUAUAUAUCUGUCAUACAGAUACACACAACAACGACUCAUCUCGGUCAGCCUGGCAGGGAUGAUGGUGGUGCAGUGUCUGCUGUUGAUCCUGUACUCCAGCCCUGUGUUCCUCUUCAUGGGGACGUGUGUGUUAGGCCUCUUCAUCAGCAGUGUGUUCCCCUGCAUGGUGGCCCUCACAGAAGACAUGGUCAACUAUAAAGGGUGUGCCACUACUGUCCUGGUGACCAGUGCUGGUACAGGAGAGAUGGUGCUGCAGCUUCUCACAGGACAGUUGAUCCACAGUAAAGGCAGUUAUAGUUUCAUGUUGGUUGGUAUGAUAUCAUCCUGCAUCGGAUUCACAGUAUUCCUGGGCCUAAUCUACAUCCAGCAUCUACACAGGAGCUCCCAAGCAGCCACUAGUAAGGAAAUCGCCAUGACAGAGAAGCCUUCAAGUGAGUAAUGGAGAGGCCGUGAGGAAGAAUCAAUGGAAAUAGAGGACUGUUUAAACAAAUGACGGAAAAACAGAAAUGACCCAAAUGUUUAAAAUGGCUGGAGGAAAGACAGUCUAAUGUUAGACUUCAGUCCCUCUGCUCCUUUCAUCCGGCUCUCAACACCCAGACAAUCAAGUUAAACGCAAAGACUACCUACCCCCCCCCCCCCUCCCCCCAGAUCAAACAAUCUGAUUGAUUCAGCUGGCCAUAUAUACCAAAAUACAUCUUCCAAUUUAUCAUUCUAAGCAGUAUUUGAGUGGAGACAGUAUUGUAUGUUUUUGAACUGGGAAAUGUUUUAUGCACUACCUGUCUGACCAUGACUGUAGCAUUCAUAAACCAGGAGUUGGGAGAGUAGAUGUUAA